GGACACUCAGCUGCGAGACGCGGUAGCAGACGGGUACUUCACUAUUCAAUUUGCGUUGUAUUUGUUCAGAGUAUUUUACCGCAUUAAAUCUAUAGUUAAAUACAGUCCACUUAUUUUAUUUACAAAGUCCUGAUAAGGCCUAAACAUAUGGUCCUUCGAUCGCAAAACAUUUACCAGUUUUUUGCCGUAAUUAACGUCGACAUCGUCAACGGUCACCGUGCGAACUUUGAACCCACGGCCACGUAUAUUGAAGAAGGCAGUCGUUCCCGUAGCAGCCUGCGUCAUCAUUGAAGACGCUGAUGUCAUCCUGGGAGUAUAAAAUCUGUAUUUGAGUGAGUUCGUUCCAAUUAGUUAUUUUUCCUCUAUUUUUUCAUGCCGAGAAAAUCAUUUCUACAUAUUUCAUUGGCUAAAUUAUAUUAAGUAAUAUUUCAUUAACCUUUAAUAAGUAGGUACCUAAACAACUUCAGUGCUUUAAAAAUUGCUUUGUCAUUGCAACGUUCGCUUGUUUAAAUUUAAAUGCUUAUUCCGUUACAAAUAUCAAGCGCUCAAGUGUCCAUUCGUUGACCUUGCGCUGAUUCAUAUUUUACCUGCGCGCAACAGUCAGUUUUGUUCUCGCACAGCAGUUAUCUUUUUUAUCCUAAAGUAAUCAACGUUUUCUUUUACUUUGCUGUAUUUAUAUAAAAAUAAAAUGGCAGAUAGUUUAAAAACUUUAUUGAAGAAGCGUAGUUCGAUAAAAUCAAAGCUUACAAUUUACAACAAUUAUUUAAAUUUAAUUAAAAGUAGUUCUGAUAUUUCUGAGCUGCAACGUCUAGACUUAGCGGAGCGUUUUAAUAAAUUCGAAACCUUAUAUUCAGAAUUUGAUGAAUUACAGACAAACAUAGAAGUGCUUGCCGAUGAUGCGGGGUCUACGUUGGUUGAGCGUGAGGACUUUGACCGUCAGUUCUUCAAUCUGGUGGCCAUCACGCGCAGCUUGCUCGGUGCUUCGUCCAACGGUGCUGGGUCAGAGGCGGGCUUCAGAGAUGCUGACUCAGGUGCACACUGUUUAAAUAAGAAUAGUUUUGUUCGUUUGCCUAAAAUAGAUUUACCUCAUUUCGAUGGGAACUACCAGUGCUGGCUCGAAUUUCGAGAUACAUUUACGUCAUUAAUACACGAUAACUCUAGUCAAUAAUCAAUGAAAUAAACAAGUUCCACUAUUUGCGCGCUUCAUUGCAGGGAAACGCAGCCUUAGUUAUUAAAAAUAUUGAUUUUAAGGCGAUCAUUAUAAAAUUGCAUGGGACAUGUUGUGUGAGCGGUAUAACAACAACCGUCUCCUGGUCAAUAAUCAUAUGCAAGCUUUGUUUGAUAUCGAUCCUAUAGUCAAGGAGUCAAGUGUCUCAAUCAGAAACCUGGUAGAUACACUUAAUAAAAAUGUAAGGGCACUAACAAAACUAAAUCAGCCUACUCAAUAUUGGGACACAUUAUUAAUAUAUGUCAUGACUAAAAAAUUAGAUUUGACAACAAGUCGUGACUGGGAAGAGCAUAGGAACAAUAUUUUAAAAGAUGAUCCUACUUUAACGCAAUUUUGUUCCUUUUUAAACAGGAAAGCGGAUUGGUUAGAGUCCGUCGAGUCAAAUAUCAAUUCUUCUCAGACGAAUACUACUGUAGCUUUAAACAAUAGUCAUACGUAUAAACAUUCCAAUUAUAAAGUAACUCAAGUUAAUAAAAAAUCACAUAAUAAUUUUAAUAAAAUAAAUAAAUGUCCACUUUGUUCCCAGGCUCAUACAUUAUAUAAAUGCGAAUCCUUUAGAAACUUAACUAUAGAGGAUCGCAUAAAAAAGGCAAAUGAUUACAAUGUUUGUCUUAACUGCUUGCGCGUCGGACAUUCUGCAAAGCAGUGUAAACUAACACAUUGCAAAUAUUGCAAAACAAAGCACAAUACGCUUUUGCAUUUAGAAUUUAGUGAACCCAAACCAUUUUCGAAUCCAUUGCCUUCUGCUUUGCCUUCUGCGUCAAACAUCGCACUAUCAGCCAAUUCCUUGCAGCUUGCUACUCCUGCGCAUGUUUUACUGUCCACAGCUAUGGUGAACGUGAUUAGCGGGACGCGUAAGAAGUACACUGCGCGGCUACUGCUGGACAACGGUAGUACCGCCAACUUUGUUACGCAGAGACUAUCAGAGAAACUGGGUUUGUCACAUCGCGAUACGAGCACCAAGGUAACGGGUAUUAAUAAUCACAUAUCCACCAGUACACAGUCUUGUCACCUCACAAUUGAGUCUUUAUGUUGUAUAUUUACUGUUGAUAUCGAGUGUCAUAUUUUACCCGAAAUAACAAAGGUUCUACCGUCUUCAUUCGUGCAUAUAAAUCACGUCCCUAUUACUUCAGGUCUAACACUAGCACACCCGAACUUUAAUGUUCCGUCGGUCGUAGACAUCCUGGUAGGGGCUGAGGUGUUUUGGAAUGUCUUAGGCAGCAAAACUAUAGAUUUAGGGAAACAUUUACCUAAAUUGUGCGAAACUAAAUUCGGUUGGCUUGUCUCCGGUAGUAUUUCACAUCAAUCUAGUUUUGUUUCAUCACACCUUUGUCAGCAUUCCAACGUCACUCCCGACCUAACUCAAUUUUGGGAGCUUGACAACGUGUCGUCAAAACAUUCACUUUCUCUUGAAGAAAGGGUCUGUGAACAACUUUUUGCCCAAACCACCAUUCGUAAAAAUGAUGGUAGGUUUGUCGUGACGAUGCCAUUAAAAGAGGACUCUAGAACUUUAGGGCAUUCGUAUGAAAACGCAAAAAAUCGUUUUCUAUCCCUGGAACGGCGAUUUAAACGCGAUCCUUCAUUUAAAACUAAAUAUUGUGAAUUUAUGAGAGAAUAUGAGCAUUUAGGUGAUAUGACUUUAGACUCUGACUGUACUUCUACGCCUAAAAACUCCGUGAUCACAUAUUUCAUUCCACAUCAUGGAGUCAUUCGUAGCUCUAGUACCACUACUCAACUACGCGUAGUAUUCGACGCAUCAGCCUCUACCAGUUCGGGCGUGUCUCUUAAUGACAUUCAGAUGGUCGGUCCCGUAGUGCAAGACGAUCUCUUUUCCAUUUUAAUACGUUUUCGUCAACAUAGAUACGUGGUCUCAGGUGAUGUAGAGAAGAUGUAUAGAGCCAUUGAGCUAAAUCCAGUCCAACGUCAAGCCUCAAAGCAUUACGUCCGAUAACGGGAUAAAUUUCGUAGGCGCAUCAAAUGAAAUGCAUAGGUUCUUGCAUUCAUCGAGUGUUGCAUCUGAAAUUGCACAACAGGGUAUCGAAUUUAUUUUCACGCCUGCUUACAGCCCACAUUUUAAUUCACUAGCUGAGGCUGCUGUUAAAUCUUGCAAACAUCAUUUAAAAGACUUUUAAAGCUUACCCAUUUUACCUUUGAGGAGAUGGUUACUUGUCUUACGCACAUAGAGGCGGUCUUGAAUUCGCGUCCUCUUACUCCUCUCUCUUCAGACCCUAACGAUUUUUCGGCACUUACUCCCUCUCAUUUCCUGAUUGGACGACCACUCUUAUCUGUACCACAUUCCCAGGUGACUGAUGCCAACAUCACGCGACUGGAUCGCUGGAGGAGAAUACAGUACAUCAGACAGCAUUUCUGGAGCCGAUUUCAUAAUACAUACAUCUCUCUGCUGCAGGCCAAAUCCAAGUGGUUUCAUUCCAGAGGUGAAGUGAAGCAGGGGUCUUUAGUUCUUAUCAAGGACAAGACAACACCACCGCUGCUCUGGUCCCUGGGCCGGGUCAUGACGACCUAUCCCGGCGUAGACGGAAUCACGCGAGUGGCUGAGUUGAAGACGAAGCGAGGCAUCAUUCGUCGUGCUGUCAACUGCAUCUGUCCUCUGCCAAUUGAAGAUUGAAGACGUCUCUUCAACCCGGGGAAUAUGUCGGCGCACGUCAUCGCGCCUUGGCCAAAAGUGGAGGACGCGGGGGGCGCGGACCGGUCGAUGACCCUGCGACUGCGCAGGCGCUUCUGUCGGACACUCAGCUGCGAGACGCGGUAGCAGACGGGCACUUCACUAUUCAAUUUGCGUUGUAUUUGUUCAGAGUAUUUUACGGCAUUAAAUCUAUAGUUAAAUACAG